UGCCAGCUUCAGGGCGGCGGAGAGCCUCGCCCGGGCUCAGUCACUGCCGCCACUGCAGGGAACAUGGAACCCCCUGACGCCCGCGCAGGGCUGCUGUGGCUCACCCUCCUGCUGUCGGGCUACUCAGGUGCCCAGGCUGAGCUGCACGUGUCCGUACCCCCACGGGUGGAGGCGAUGCGAGGAGAACAAAUCGCCCUGGACUGCGCUCCACGGGGACACCCUGAGCAUUACAUGAUGGAAUGGUUCCUUGUUGAUGCUUCUGGGGCUCGACACCGUCUGGCUUCUGUGGAACCACAGGGAUCCGAGUUCCUGGGCACAAUACACAAUUCUCGGGGUCGCACACCCCCAUACGAAGUGGACUCCCGUGGGCGCCUGGUGAUAGCAAACGCCCAGGUGGGCGAUGACCAGGACUACGUGUGCGUAGUGAAGGCUGGGGCAGCAGGUACCUCAGAGGCCACCUCAAGUGUCCGUGUGUUUGCAACACCAGAGGCUACGGAGGUGUUUCCCAACAAAGGGACGCUGUCUGUGAUGGACCAGUUUGCCCAGGAGAUUGCCACCUGCAGCAGCAACAACGGAAACCCGGUGCCUCGGAUCACGUGGUACCGGAACGGGCAGCGUCUGGAUGUACCCAUGGAGGUGAACCAAAAGGGCUACAUGACCAGCCGGACUGUACGGGAAGCCUCAGGCCUGCAUUCUCUGACCAGCACCCUCUACCUGAGGCUCCACAAGGAUGAUCGGGAUGCCAGCUUCCACUGUGCUGCUCACUACGACUUACCCUCAGGCCAUCAUGGCCGCCUGGACAGCCAUCCCUUCCGCCUCACCCUGCACUAUCCCACAGAGCAUGUAGAAUUCUGGGUGGGGAGCCCCUCCACCACGGAGGGCUGGGUACGUGAGGGGGACGCUGUCCAGCUGCUCUGCCAGGGCGACGGCAGCCCCAGCCCAGAGUACUCAUUCUUCCGCCAGCAGGUAACUCACUCUGUGGUAUCCUUUGGAUACCACCUAAACCUGUCAAUACUAACCUUAUCAACCUCUUGUUUAUCUUCAGUGGUGAGGGAGAUAGAAUCCAGAGCCUGUUGCAUGCUACCCAAAAGAGAACCUGGCCAUAGGAAAGUGUCCACGUGA